AUGGCUCCACCUAAAAACUUUUUAAAAUUAUUAUCCGAUAGGGAAUCUCAAAAGGCCCUGCGGAGGGCCCACGAGGCCGCGCUCCGACUGCUCCUGUGCGGGCCCUGGGCCUCGGGCGCUGCCUCCCACCCGAAGCCCCGUGCCUCGGAGGUGCUGACGCGGCACCUGCUGCAGCGGCGCCUGCCGUACUGGACCUCCUUCUGCGUGCCCUACAGCGCCGUCCACAACGACCAGUUCGGCCUCUCGCACUUCAACUGGCCCGUGCAGGGCGCCAACUACCAUGUUCUGCGCACCGGCUGCUUCCCCUUCAUCAAAUACCACUGCUCCAAGGCCCCCUGGCAGGAUCUGGCCCGGCAGGACCGGUUCUUCACGGCGCUCAAGAUCGUCAACCUCGGUAUUCCAACUUUAUUAUAUGGACUUGGCUCCUGGUUAUUUGCUAGAGUCACAGAGACUGUGCAUACCAGUUAUGGACCAAUAACAGUUUAUUUUCUAAAUAAAGAAGAUGAAGGUGCCAUGUAUUGAAAGUGUGCAUUGGAGAGCAUAAAUAUUAGUGGAUUUUCUCUAGUGUGUAUGUGCAAUAUUUAUUUUUGAUCCUUUAAAAUAAAACUUCUGCAAACACCUUGUUCUUUUUAUGAUGUCUGAUACUUUAGGAUGAAUCAUUGCCCUCAAGAGGCAAAGCUUUUCAUACAUCGUUAUAGAUUACAUACUCUCUUUAGCCAAUGGGAACUCGAAACACAUGAAACUUAUACCAAUUUUUCCCUAGAAGUAGAUUACAGAUAAAAAAUGAUUAUAAUAUAUAUUUAGAUCCUACAGUUAGGUAUUAACAAAUUCUCUUUAAAGAGAAAAUAUAGAAACCCACACUAAGAAGAAAGGGGAAAAAUCUUUUAUAUAACACUGGAAAAUAUAGAGGAUUUUAGGAUAUAUGGUAGAGAGAAUAUAUAUCAUUGACAGAUCCAAAACUGAUGAGAAUUCUAACUGCAAUCUAAAAUCUAAACCAUUCAGUUGCUAAGAUUUUAAAUGGAAAUGUGUUAAAGCCCUUGUGCCAUUUACCUGGACGACAGGUCUGGGUAUAAUGUUGAAACUUCUUAUUGCAUAAAGAAUCCAAUACCAACUACUUUUUAAAGUAUAAUAAUAACUGGUUAAUGUAAAUGCAACAAGAUGAAUGAAAUUAAGACAUUAAAAGUUAAAAUAGCAUGCUGACAAAGCUGUAAGAAUAAGAUCUAGAAAGACCCAGAAAAAUAAAUUUGAUAACUAUUUAUAAAAGCAAUUAGCCGAAAUGGUACAUAUCCAUAGACUUAUUGGCAAUGCGAAGUGGGCUGAAAUUUUAAAGACCUGAUGGCAGUUUUGCAUUAGAAUUUUAUUAAGUUAAUUGCAUUUUUGAAAGCAAAGUCAUUAAAAAAAAUUUAUCCUUGGGGGUAGCUACAAAAUACCCAGACGAAUGGUAAAUUUCAGAAAUUUGGAGUAAUUUAGGGAGAACUAAGUAGAACUAUUUAAUUUCUAAACCAAUGAGUGUUUAAGAUUUAUGAUCUCCCAUAAUUACAAACAUACAUUAUAUAUCAUUUUAUGUUAAUGUGGUGUUGAUACUCUAUAACAUUCACACAUUUUUGUAGCAAAAUAUAAAAUUCAAUCUAACCAACAUUUGGGUGCUUGCUUCUGCCAAAUCAGUAGAGAAUGAGUGGAAAUGAUUGAGGUGAAAGCACAGAAUCAUGAAGCAAUACAAACUGGCUUUGUUAAAGGUAGUCAUUUUAAAUAAGCUACAGAGAGUGAACUGUUCUUCAAAUAUAUGUAGUGCUCACUUGUCUAAAACCAAUUCUAAGUAACACUUUAAUCAAAGAAGUACUUAUGCCAAUAUAUUUAGUCCAGAAGAAUAUACUUGACACUAGUUAAAUGAAUGGCUUACACAAAGGAGACAGUGUUACAUUAAGCUUCAUUAAUAAUAAAACUGACUAUUAGCAUUUUGCAAAGAAGGCUAGAACUGAUUUUCUCUGUAAUGGACAAAGUUAAAUAACUAUAGCUCAUAAGUUUUAAGUCAAAUACUGCUCAUUCAUUGCUGGUCUUGUCAAUACUUGUUGUAAAGGUUUGGUCUCAACACAAGGCUGAUAAAAUGGUUUUUAAUUACCAGACUAUAAAUAACAGCUUUUCAGUAGAGUUGCACUUCUUUUCACACUGGCCCAUUUGAUUUCUGAUAAUUUGUACUGCUGACUCUGCUUACUUGUUUUUCAAUAGCUAUCGUCAGUGUGACUUCAUGUCCAUAUAGUGAUAGGUAAGUCUCCUUGGAGAACAUCUUUGACAAACUACCCUAUUGAUCUCUGUAAUUCUCUGCUGCUUGCAGCAUUAAAUAGAACCUUGAUUCCUUGUCUGAUGUGCUGUGUAACAAUUAAGCAAAUGUAAUAUUUUCUUGUAUUACAUGAAAAUCAAUAGACCUCUUGCUCUCGUGGAGUUGAUCAUGGUGAAGGAUGAACUCAGUGAUGGCUAAGGGCAUGGUUCAAAUAUUAAAAUAUCAUUCAUUGGA